UCGAUCUUUUUCUCUCUCUCUCUAUAACAAAGAAAACAGCUGAAACUUAACAUACCAUAUUUUCUCUCUCUAUUUCCUUUCUCGAAUCUCCGAAAUCUUUCUCUCUGCUCGAUCUUCUUCGCCAUUUAAACUUUCCAGUUUGAAAAAAUCUCGGAGAAAGCAGGGGAAUUCUGCAUCUCUGAUUCGCCUGCCGAAUCUUGUUUCGUUUCUUGUUCUUCUGGUCCCGGUAAUCUGAGCUUCGUUCGAUGAUGAUUUUAGCUUUCGGAAUGAAUCGGCGGAGAAUCUGUAUUUGUUUCUUUGGUUCUGGAGAUUGUUUUUAGGUUGCUCGAUUCUUCUGGACGGCGGGGUGCGGAUCUCGGGAAAGAGAUUCGUGUUAGUCUUGACCAAGCCACGGCUCUGACUUUUGGAUUUUCGUUGUCGUUGUUGUUUGUGGAGGUCUGAUUAGCUUUUGGAUUGUGUUGAUUUGGUUGCUUGCGAAUCCGGAAUUUUCAUUCGGGGAACUUUGCGUUCCGGAAUUCGGGAACCUUUGAAUGCUCCGGCGAGAAUUUCCCUGAGCCAGCGGCUCGGGGGAGAUCUGGAGGUCGGAGAUCGGUGACGAGAGCAACGAGCAUUUGCGUGUUAGCAAUGGCUUCAACGCCAUCGCCGGAGAAUGAAAGCUUGGGUUCCUAUGGAUCGCCGGCUCCUCGUUACUCUAUGCAGGAAUUCAAGCUCUUCGAAACUCAAUCGAACUUCUACAUGAUCGGUUGGGAUGGCAGUGGAGUGUAUAGAGUAUUAAAGAUAGACCGGCUGGACCCUUCUGAGCUUAGCAUUAGUGAGGAUUCCACUGCUUAUACAAAAAGAGAAUGCUACGAGUUACUAAAACGGAUACAUGAAGGAAACAAGGUCACAGGUGGACUGAAACUUGUUACUGUUUGUUAUGGCAUUAUCGGGUUCAUAAAGUUUUUAGGUCCCUACUACAUGCUGCUUAUCACUGAAAGAAGAAAGAUAGGUGCAAUUUGUGGACAUAGUGUCUAUGCAGUCUCAAAGAGUGAGAUAAUUACACUGCAAAACUCCAGUGUGCCGUGCAACUUUGUAAAUUCAAGAGACGAGAACAGAUACAAGAAACUCCUGUGCAUGGUGGAACUUACAAAGGACUUCUUUUUUAGUUAUUCUUACAAUAUAAUGCGCAGUCUCCAGAAGAAUAUAUGUGACUAUGAGACUGGACAUGUUCUCUAUGAAAAAAUGUUUGUGUGGAAUGAGUUCUUGACUCGGGGUAUCCGUAAUCAUCUUAAAAAUACCCUAUGGACUGUAGCAUUAGUGUAUGGCUUCUUUAAGCAGGUCACUCUUUCUGAAUCUGAACGGAAUUUCAAACUUACUCUUAUAGCUAGGCGUUCACGUCAUAAUGCUGGGACGAGGUACUUGAAACGAGGUGUAAAUGAAAAUGGCAAUGUUGCUAAUGAUGUCGAGACAGAGCAGAUAGUGUCUGAGGAUGUUGCCGAAGGCAGUCCCAUGCACAUUAGUUCUGUUGUACAGAAUCGAGGCUCAAUUCCUUUAUUUUGGUCACAAGAGACCUCACGGUUGAACCUUAAGCCAGAUAUAGUUUUGUCAAAAAAGGACCCAAACUAUGAUGCAACUAGACUUCACUUUCAAAACCUUGUGGAGCGAUAUGGAAACUCCAUCAUCAUUCUGAAUUUGAUCAAGACGAAAGAGAAGAGACCAAGGGAGUCAAUCCUCCGGGCUGAAUUUGCAAAUGCAAUUGACUUUAUAAAUAAGGAUUUAUCUGAAGAAACCCGUCUAAGGUUCCUUCACUGGGACCUGCACAAGCAUUUUCAGAGCAAAACAACGAAUGUGUUGGCACUUCUUGGCAAAGUAGCUGCAUAUGCUUUGAUGCUAACAGGGUUCUUUUACUGUCAAGUUACGCCAACAAUGAAGCUUGAGGGCUAUAUGAGCUUGUCGUCAUCUGAUGCUGACACUGAGAAUCUGUCUCCCCAAAAUAGUUCUGAUGAUGAUAACGGUGGCUGUGACAUUCCAGAGAAGAAUACUAGCAGAAGUAAGAAUAUUGCCAAUGGCAAUUGUGAUAUCAAGCCACCCAGGUUUCAGAAGGGUGUGCUGAGGACCAAUUGCAUAGAUUGCCUUGAUCGUACAAAUGUUGCACAGUAUGCAUAUGGUUGGGCUGCUCUUGGACAACAGCUCCUUAUUUUAGGGAUCAGAGAUGCCCCGGCAAUAGAACUUGAUGAUCCUUUGGCUAUUGUUUUGAUGGGGUUUUAUGAGAGAAUGGGAGACACACUAGCUCAUCAGUAUGGUGGAUCUGCUGCUCACAACAAGGUUUUCUCUGAGAGGAGAGGCCAAUGGAGAGCAGCAACUCAAUCACAGGAGUUCUUCAGAACUCUACAACGGUACUAUAAUAAUGCAUACAUGGAUGCGGACAAACAAGAUGCCAUUAAUUUAUUUUUGGGCAAUUUCCAGCCUGAGCAGGGUAGACCAGCAAUCUGGGAGUUGCGUUCAGAUUCUCGCCCUAAUGGUCGAAAUGGGGAGAUGAGUGCAGAUGAAGAUGAGAGGUUUCAUGUGAAGCGAUGCUUAUCAGAUGGCAAUAUUCUCAAUGAAAGUCGAACACCGAUGUCAGCCAUGAGUAGCAAGCAUGAAAGCAUUUCACAUAAAGUUUUUUCCGAGCCAUCACGAGGAGUAUCCCAUAUUCUUUCAGAGUCAUCACCUGAUAUAUCAACUUCUGAAGACGUAGCAUUAUCAAGGUGUACACCAUCAAUGCCUAGAAGGCAGCUCUUUGGAGAUGUGCAGAAGGUUCAACAUCUUGGUAGUGAUCCUGGUUACUUGUCGGAACAGGAAGACCUGUGUAGUGUCUCGAACUUUGUUGAUAUCGAACGACUUUCUUCCUCUGAAAGUCUAUUGGAGAAUGAUCUAUUUGACAGCAGGCUGCCGACGCUUACGGGAUAUUCAACUGCUGAGAUGUCGUCGUCGGAGAACAUCAUCAAUGGAGGAAUCGGACAAUCGACGCCACCUUCAUGUGAAUGUGGACCAAGCAGCAGGAAGGGCAAGGAACCAAUAGGAACCGACCUGUCCGUCCACGCAAAGAUUCGGGAGGAUUUCUCCGACAGCUUUAAGCAGUGGGUAGCCUAUGGAGAAGCACUCUGCCAUUGAAACACUCCCCAUCUUUGUUUUUGCGACGAAGCACACGUAUUACUCCCCUCGCCAUCUCUUUGUUUCUCUGAGGCAGAUGCUAAGUAAAUGAACGUCAAACACGGAAAGAAAAUUACUCGGUAAGAGAUUCGUCAUACCCCGAGUCUUGUAUGUCGAAAAAAAUCGUUAGGAAACCCGAGGAUUGCAGAGGUGUGAGAGUAGUGAAUAUAACCCCCACAAAAGAGAGAUGAAUGUGUGGGAGAGGAGAGGCUAGAAAGGAGGGGAUGGUGAUAAUCGUUGUAGUGUUUUGGAGUUUGGAUGUAAAUAUAUGUGUACUCUUUUGUGAGAUGUCUUUUGCAUUUGUCUCUUUUCCACUUUGUAGGGUUUAAUAUGAUAAGGACCAUGAUCCAUCGAUUCUUUAUUUUUCUCCUUUCCUUUUGUACGUU